GGUGAGGUCUGGAACUGUUGUCCGGUUGUGCACCUAUCACCAUGGUUGACCUUCGCAGUGGGAAGAGCACCACCCCCUAUAGCAAGGCUCAAGAGCAGCAAACCGCCGCCAUCCUAAGAGAGAGAAAGGAAAAGAAGGAGCUCCUUAGACAGGCGAAGAUGAAGAUAAUAGCCGAGGAGCAGGCGGCGAAGAAAAAGAAGCUAGAGGAGGAGAUGCAAAGAUUACAACAAGAGGAGGAUGAGAGAAUGAAGGCUGCAGUAGAGGAAGAGAUUGAAGAGAGGAGGAGGAGCCGGAAGAAGAGCCCCUCAGAAGAAGAAGAGUGGGGGAAGGAGGAGAAAAGCAAUGGCACGAAGGAAGAUGACCCGUGGGUAGAGAAGAGGAUAUCUCAAUGGGUGGCUAAUUUAUCAUUAGGAGAAGAUGAGGAGGUGAUGCUAUAUAUACCUCAGGAGGAGAAGGAAACGGCGAUUAGGGAGAUCGAACUGACGAGUGAUCCCCUAGAGCGCCAGGCAAUAGAAAAUGAGACGAGGUUGGACUGGAAGUUGCGCCUGACAAGAGAGAAGAAGAGGAGGACGGAGGAAGCCAACCGGAUGGCUAGGGAAGUGGAAAGUUUACAGACUUGCAAACAGGAAGUAGAGGCCCAACCUGAUAUCCAGGCCAAGUUGGACAAGAUCAUUGGUAGCAUCGAGAUCUUAGGUAGGGCCUGGACUAAGCAUCAUCAGUCUGUUAGGGGCCAAGACAUGGCCCUCCGCUCCAUCCGGUCCGGUAUCAAGGAAUUCGCGCGAGAUGUAAUGACACAUGUAGGGACCGAGGUUAGAAAGUGGAAGGAGGGCGCAGAGAAAUUCUGCGCAGACGCCAUCGAGGGCGCCAAGGUAGUGGUCGCUGCAAAGAUCGAAGGGCGUCCUCGCAAAGAGCCUGUUAAGCUUAAGUUUCCUGAUUCUUAUGGCAAGAAGGAGGACGAGAACUUCGAUAAUUGGGAGGCUAGCAUUAACACUUACGUGUAUCUCCAACAGAUUGCGCCUGAGGAACAAGUCCUCGUAGCCUUCCAUGCUUUAAAAGACGAAGCGACUAGUUUCGCCAGGUCCCUCGCGCGAGCAGCCGAUUGUGAAAACAAUAUGGUUGCGUAUUCUAAACUCACCCCUCUUCACAAAUUCCUUAUCCUUAGGGAGAGAUUUGCAGACGUCACGCGAGGCGUCGGGGCCUCUGAUAAACUGCAAACAAUCCACUCGCGGCAGUGGAAGAGUGCAAGGGCACUCAAAGCAGUUAUGGAUGAUUUAGUGUCGUCCCAGACCACGGCGUCACUGAGACCCAAUUAGUUAACUUAUUCUAUCGUGCCAUGCCAGAGCCCUUACGAGGGCAUUUCUUUGAGAAAACCCAACAGGCCACCAUCAC